CUCGCCCGCUCGCUCGCCCGCCCGCUCGCUCGCCCGGGGAUUCUCGUCCGUGGCGUGCAGCGUUCUGAGCCUGCGCGUUGCCAUCCGCCGCACAGCCAGCUUAACGCAACCCAUACACCUCGAAAGCUGAAGUGCCGCACUCCAGCCGCCGCCAGGGCUCGACUCUCGCGAGAACUCCCUGGGCCACCCUCGCACCUUCCACGACUCCUCCGGGGAUCGGGAGGAAGUUCCGGAGAGCCGCGGCGCGCAAACGCGACACGCCAGCCUUGCGCCAGCGCGCCGCAAGUGCGCAGGCGCCGCCACUCUGCUGCUCUUCCUCGUCCCUCUGCCUACAUCUGGUUGUCGGGUCCUAUGUCGCGCCGGGCCCUCCGGAGACUGAGGGGGGAACAGCGCGGCCAGGAACCCCUAGGGCCCGACGCCCUGCAGUUUGUCCUCCUUGAUGACGAUGACGCAGAGGAAGAGGGACCAAAAACGGGGCUGGGUGGCCGGCGCCCCGGGGGUGCAGGGAAGGAAGGAGUCCGUGUCAACAACCGGUUCGAGCUGAUAAACAUUGAGGACCUUGAGGAUGACCUUGUGGUAAAUGGGGAGAGGUCUGACUGUACCCUGCCAGACUCUGCAUCAUCAGGGAACAAAGGAAGGGCUAAACAUGGAAACCCAGAGAACAAGCAGGAUGGAGAUGCUGCAGCCAAAGCAGGGUCCUCGGAACAGGAGAAUGGACUAGAAGACAUUGAUCGCAUCUUAGAGAGGAUUGAAGACAGCAGUGGGUUCAGCCACCCAGGCCCCCCUCCACUGAGCUCCAGGAAGCAUGUCCUGUAUGUGGAGCACAGACACUUGAAUCCAGACACCGAACUGAAGAGAUAUUUUGGUGCUCGAGCGGUCCUGGGUGAGCAAAGACCUCGGCAGAGACAGCGCGUGUAUCCCAAGUGUACAUGGCUGACGACCCCUAAGAGCACCUGGCCCCGAUACAGCAAACCAGGUCUGUCAAUGCGGCUGCUGGAGUCCAAGAAAGGCCUUUCUUUCUUUGCAUUUGAGCACAGUGAAGAAUACCAACAAGCACAGCACAAGUUCCUGGUGGCUGUGGAGUCCAUGGAGCCAAACAACAUCGUGGCUCUGCUCCAGACAAGCCCCUAUCAUGUCGACUCACUUCUUCAGCUCAGUGAUGCCUGCCGCUUUCAGGAGGAUCAGGAGAUGGCUCGAGACCUGAUCGAGAGAGCCCUGUACAGCAUGGAGUGUGUGUUCCACCCCUUGUUCAGCCUCACCAGUGGGACUUGCAGGCUGGAUUACCGCAGACCUGAGAACAGGAGCUUCUACCUGGCCCUCUACAAGCAGAUGAGCUUCUUGGAGAAGCGUGGCUGCCCACGUACUGCACUCGAGUACUGCAAGCUCAUCCUGAGCCUUGAGCCGGAUGAGGACCCCCUGUGCAUGCUGCUGCUCAUUGACCACAUGGCCUUGCGGGCCCGGAAUUAUGAGUACCUGAUCCGCCUCUUCCAGGAGUGGGAGGCCCAUCGGAACCUGUCCCAGCUCCCAAAUUUUGCCUUCUCAGUUCCAUUGGCGUAUUUCCUUCUGAGUCAGCAAACAGACUUACCUGAUCAUGAGCUCAGCUCUGCCAGGCAACAGGCUUCCCUCCUGAUACAGCAGGCGCUCACCAUGUUCCCUGGAGUUCUUAUGCCAUUGCUGGAGUAUUGCAGUGUACGACCUGACGCCACAGUCUCAAACCACCGCUUCUUUGGGCCGGAUGCCGAGAUCAGCCAGCCUCCUGCCCUGAGCCAGCUGGUGAGUCUGUACCUUGGGAGGUCACACUUUCUUUGGAAAGAGCCCGCUAUCAUGAGCUGGCUGGAGGAAAAUGUCCACGAAGUUCUGGAAGCAGUGGAUUCUGGAGACCCUGCCGUGGAGGCCUGUGAGAACAGGCGGAAAGUGCUGUACCAGCGUGCACCCAGAAACAUCCACCGCCAUGUGAUCCUGUCUGAGAUCAAGGAGGCUGUCGCUGCCCUACCCUCGGAUGUGACCACACAGUCUGUUAUGGGGUUUGACCCUCUGCCUCCCGUGGACACCAUCUACUCCUACGUCAGACCGGAGAGGCUGAGUCCAGUCAGCCACGGAAACACAAUCGCCCUCUUCUUCCGGUCAUUAUUGCCAAAUUACACCACAGAGGGGGAGAGGCUGGAGGAAGGAGUGGCCGGGGGUCCGAACCGCAAUCAAGGCUUGAACAGGCUGAUGUUGGCCGUGCGUGACAUGAUGGCCAACUUCCACUUCAACGACCUGGAGGUGCCUCGGGAGGACAAUCCUGAGGGCGAGGGGGACUGGGACUGAACUGUUCAGACACUGUGCCCAGAGCUGUGCAAUCAUGUUCCUGAUUUCGUUUCUGGUUGGAGUUAACCAGUUCCCAAGUAGAAAUGCUGACCAUGCCAUCACGUGUGUUUUUUUCUCCCUCUAAAUGGAGUGGGUUAUGCUCUGUGAGUGAGCGUCCUCCAGUGUCCUCGGAAAUAGCCCCAGAAGCCGUGAGCCCCACACUGAAUGAACCAUGUGCCUCACACUUUGGAGUUGGUAACAUGGUGCAGAGAAGGGUUUUCCCCGAGUCCGCAGUACCAGGACCCUACCUGCUCCUUGCUAAGGGCACUGAACCUUCACACAUGCUACACCCAGCAUGUUGGCAGUGCUGGGGUCAAACCCAGGGCCUGGCACACAAUCUACCACUGAAUGACAGUCCCAGCCUGAGGAUCUUACUAGAAAACUUGGAGGGCUGGAAAUGUGUCUCAGCUAGUAGACUGUUUGCUUCGUGUGCACAACCCUUAGGAUUCGAUCUCCAGCACAGCACAAACCAGCAGUGUGAGUGUUCAUGUGUACUCAGCACCCAAGCACAGAGCGCAAGAGGAUUAAGAGUUCAGAACCAUCCUCUGCUAUAGUGAGCUCAGAGCCGGUCUUAGUUCCAUGAGAUCCCAUCUCAACAAAGGGUUGGGGCAUGAGGGGCCUAGGAUAGGAAGAGAAGUAAAAAAAAAAAAAAAAAAAAAAGUUUGAAGCAGGAAAUUGUCCUAAGCAGGUAAGAAAUACUUUACAGAGAUUAAAGGGUGUUUGAUCUAGGGAUGAGUGGAGAACCCUGACCAAGAACCCCAGUCCAGGGACGGACGAAGACUACAGCCAGGCAAGGCCUGAGGCCCGUGUCUCAUAAGCCAUCUGUCUGUGGAAAGAUCCAGGCUGCCGAGGUUACAGGCUGUCAGGUCUCUCUAGGCAGUGCUGAGGGUUUGCACCCCAGCAGAGGCUGGAGGAGGCACCCAUGGGCUCUUGUCUGGGAGCAGGGUCUUAGCUGUGUGAGGGCCAGUGAGGGCUCCUAAGCCUUGGUCCAAUGAUGCCUUCCUGGGAGUCUACAUGUUUCCGAUAUCACUGGAUGAUUUACUAUGGAGUAGGAACAAAUAAAGCAUGAUUUAGGAGUGUCCUGAGCUAUCACAAUGGCUCAGUGAGUAUAGGCACUGGCUGCGUCCAAUCCCCAGGCCUCCCACAGUGGACAGUGAGAGCCAACUCCUGUAGCUUGUCUUCUGACCUCCACACACAUGCACAUGUGCACACCGACGGAAAUACACCCAAGAAAUGGAAAAGGGAUGGCUUGGGUUAAAGCACUGUGCAGAGGACCAGGCUGGGAACUUAAGCACACAUGGUAGGUGACUCAUAACUACCCAUAAUUCCAGCUCCAGCGAACAAACAAGGGCAUAGAAAUUAAGAAAAAUACUUUUAGGGGUUGGGGAUUUAGCUCAGUGGUAGAGCGCUUGCCUAGCAAGCGCAAGGCCCUGGGUUUGGUCCCCAGCUCCGGAAAAAAAAAAAAAAAAAAAAGAUUUUAACAGGUGCUCUGGGGCAAGGGGUCCUAGAUGUGACUGAACAGGGUCCCAGAGCACUGCCCCUUCUACAGGAUAUCGAGGGCUGACUGGUACCCAUCUAUAGUCAGCCUAUGUGUCAUAGCCCAUUUUUUUUUAAGUUUAUUUAUUUAUUAUAUUUAAGUACACUGUAGCUGUCUUCAGACACACCAGAAGAGGGCAUCAGAUCUCAUUCCAGAUGGCUGUGAGCCACCAUGUGGUUGCUGGGAUUUGAACUCAGGACCUCUGGAAGAGCAGUUAGUGCUCUUAACCACUGAGCCAUCUCUCCAGCCCUCAUAGCCCAUUUCUAAGUUGGCCAUUUGCAGGAGGGACUCCGUGUUCAACGUGCAUUCUUGGUAAGAGGUCACAGGUCACAGGUCACAUGAAUUGGUGCUGUAUCUCUGUGUUUUUCUCCAGCAUGAGUUGGCAAGGCCAUGAAGUCUGGAUGCAGGUUCUGCUACUUUUGCUCGUGGGUCAGCAGGACCUGGGGAAGGCAGGCCUGAGGGGCAUAGCUCCUACCAUUUGCCUACCCACUCCUGGGUUUGGUGGGAUGGUCAUACCCUGUCCCAGGGAGGGUUACUGCGGAGAUAGAUGGUCCUAACUCAAUGUGUAAAUCCCAGUUUCCGAGUUGGAAUGCCCUGUGGUGAGUUUGAGCUGAGGGGAGGAGGGAGGGAUUGCCUAGGAAUGGGGUGUGUUCUGGAAAUGACAAGCAAGCACAGAAAACCUGGCAUCCUGCCUCUUCCUUUCAGCAGCUGUAAGUCCAUCCAGAUGAGGAUGUGACAUCUGGAGCUGCAGCAGCUGUUCUGCAACCUCGAGACAACACAUUCCAAAAUGAAGAGUCACACUCUAGAAACAGUGAAGCAGAGGAUGCCCUAGGCCUUCGGAACCAUCCCACCUCCAGGCCUGUCUCCUGAGAGGCCGUCGAUGGUCAGCCUCAGCCUCAGAACUGUUGCUCAGACUUUCAACUGAAUCCAUUUCUAAUGGUGAAAAAUAAAACCAGUCCCUCACACCAUCUGUGGAUCAUCAUCGGGAAAAGUAACUUUUUGAGACAGGGUCUCACUGUGUAGCCCGUAGUGGCCUGGAGCUUGCUCUGUAGUCCAGGCUGCCCUUGCUCUGUAGACCAGGCUGGCCUCAGAUCAGCCUGCCUCUGUCUCCCAAAUGUUAGGAUUAAAAGAGUGUACCACCACACCUAACCUGCAUGUCAUCGAAACAGCUUUAAAGUCUGGCCUGUCGCCCAGGUAGGGGCGAUAGUGUAUCCCGCUCCUCCCGCUCCUCCCUGGUCCCUCCUCAGUCUCACAAGAGGUGCCUGCCUAUGUGUCCUGUGCAGAAUUGUGGGUUCUUUGUGCAUUUCCAUGUAGUCAGGGAGAAAACUUGUUUGUUGCCUCUCAGAGAAAGUUCAAAAGAAAUGAAAGACUUUCAAACAAA